AGCGAGCGGCCAGGUGAGGGCUACCUACUGUACCGUCUCCAGAACAAAGGUGGAACAUUUAGUCAGAAGUUUUCACUUUGGAGUCGACAGCUUUUAACAAUGGCUUUAACGCAGGAAUCCAUCCUGUCUCUGCUGCUGGCGGAGGGAGGAAAGGUGAAGAAAUCCGACUUGGUGGUGAAGUUCAAAGACUCUGUGGACUCCGUCGAUCCCGCAGAGAAACAACGGAACCGGGAGCUUUUCAAGACUUUUGUCAACAACCUCGCCUCCGUCAAAGAAAUCGACGGCGUCCGGUACGUUGUCCUGAGGAAAACCUAUCACCAUUUACUGCAAAGUGUCCAAACUGCGGAGAGUCGUGUGAGAAAGAGUGAAAAUGAAGAGAUCCCGCUGACAGGUGAGCAGCAGCGCCCACCUGCGCGGAGUGAUCGGGCUGAAAGCUGUGAGGAUGCGGGAGGGGAAAGAUCAGCUGUUCCUGAGCCCAAUCCAGAGGAGCAGAGUGAAAGUCCUGCAGAGCUACUGUCUCCUAUACAGCAGGCUCUGCGAAGGAGCAAAUAUAAAGAUGUGAGAGUUAAAAGGAUGCUGAAUUUUGGGAUUGUCACGCAGGAUGCAAAUGGGGAUCACGGCUCAAAUGAGAGGAAACCCUACGCUCUGCCUCUGAGGAUGCCACCCAGUGCAACCAAAGUGGAGAUCCACAAGCUAAAGGUGGACCAGGAUGAAAGCCCAAAACCAGAUGCAUCCAGGAACAAGAGAAGGCCAGCUUCAGUGGAGACGGGCGGUGGGGUAAGUUCACCCCAGCUGAGGAGGGCAGUGAAGAGCACCAAGGCGUCAGAGGAACCCAAAGAGAGCAGGAUUCCCUCUGGGGUGCCCCUGGAUCAGUCUGAGCACGAGUGGCUGGUUAAAUGCGCCGCCGGCCACUGGAGUCAGGUUUACGGCCUGCUGCUGAGAGACAACCAGCUGGCCGAGAAGAGGGACUUCAUGUCAGGGUUCACCGCUCUGCACUGGGCAGCCAAGUGUGGAAACAGCCACAUGCUUGUGAAGAUUAUCGACCUAUCCAAGCAGGGAGGAGUUGACAUUGACAUUAACGUAAAAGCGCACGGGGGAUACACUCCUUUGCACAUUGCGGCCUUGCACGACCAGGAGUACAUCAUGGCCAUGCUGGUGGGGGAGUACGGAGCAGACGUAAGCGUCAGGGACAACUGUGGGAAGAAGGCGUACCAUUAUCUGCACAAAGGCAUCGCCGGGAGCGUGAGGGAGAUGCUGGGCGAACCCAAAGCCCGGCAAGCUCAGGACAGGGCCCCGCCUGAGAAAGAGGAGCUGGAGAUGUUCCCGGACCUCCCCAAGAGCCUGCAUUCAAUAAGCCGCCUCUUUCAGCCAAACACGACGAGCCACAAGAAGAAGCACAAGCAGAGGCUGGCGCUGUACUCCCUGAAUGAUGACCCCAGCGAGGAGCGAGAGGACGGCGGCUUCAGACACAGACUGGCCUCGGACGUCUUCAUGUAAAGGCUGCAUGAGCUCUUGUUUCCACGAGAGAACAGUGAAAACACGGCAGUAACCUUUCAGGAAUUUGACCAACAUUCUUCAGUUUUUAACGGUUUCUUCAACAAUGACGGAAUCACAUGAAAUCUGGCUUGUUUUUUCUGUCUUAUUUGUGCUUUCUGACAGAAAAUUUGACUUACGUGUAAUGUUUGUUGUGUGAAGGGAUAAUCAUGCGGCUCAAGUCAAGUAAUUCUGGCAACAUCUGGAAAAACAGAUGUGUCCCUCGAAUGGAAACCGAGUCAUCAGGACUCGACACCGUCACAGGGUUUGUUUACUGACUGAAUCAGCAGACUUGUGGUCUGAGAUGUUACCUCAGACAGUAUUCAGGUGGGUCCAGUGAGUCGUCUUAUUACUCACUCGCACAUCUGUGGUCUGUUAAAGGCAUCAUCAGUUCACUUUCAGCCGUUGUUUCUUUCAGAUUCACCAUGAAAUUUACAAAUGUAUAGAUGCAAUAUGUUCAUUUCAUUGUUAAUUCCCAUUGUGUGAAUUAUAAGUCAAUCUGAAUUUCUGCUUUUUACAUUUUUUUUGUACUGUAGCACUCCAGUUCAAGCAAGACAAACAACAGCACUGAGCAUUAAGCAACUGAAAAUAGCUUAUUUAUUUCAUUUACGGGCUUCCACUACCUGAAAUAGACUGAACUUCAUGACAACUGUAACAAAAAAACAUCUCUUUACGCUUUCUCGUGUAUCAUUGUACAGAUAACUUGAUUUUUUAUAUUUUAGUUUCAUUAAUGACAACAUUUCUUACUAUGUUUCUGAUUUAAAACAAAUGAGUUAAUGCAAAAUAAAUAAUAUCUGAUUUACCGCCA